AUUUAUUUUAAGUGUAAAAUUGCUAUUAUUAUGAUGCAUUGUAACGCAACAGUUAAUCAGAGUUCGUUUCUUUGUUGAAAUCUGCAAACAUUUUCAGGCAAAAAUCCAAAUGGAUAUCUCCACAAGUGAUAAAGGCAAGAAGACUGAAAAAUGCAAAAUUUGCAACGAAACUUUUGAAAACAAUUCCUUAUUGGAAGUGCAUAUGAAGACGCACGUGAUGGAAACAAAGCCAUUCUUAUGCCAGUUGUGUGGUUUCGAAGGCACAGACGAAGACGAUCUCAAGCAACAUAAAUGGGCUCAUGUAGUUAAAGAGUAUCGUCAAAAUAUGGACCUUCCAGAAGAUAUUAAUUUGCAGAAACUUCAAUGCAAUAUAUGUGAAAACAUCUUUGAUUCUAUAAAACAAUUAAAAAUUCACAUGAAAAGUCAUAGUGGAGAAUAUCCUUAUAAGUGUAAUAUGUGCCAGAAAAUGUUUAAAGAAAAAGCAGAUUUAGAAAAUCACUUGAGAGCACAACAUCCGAUUGAUAAUGAAGGAACCAGUUCAUCAUCUCAGAAAAAUACAGAAGGAGAUAAAGCAAACAUUUUUCGAUGCAAGUUUUGUAAACAACAAUUUGAGAACGAAAGCAAUUUAAAGUCACACUUGAAGAUUCAUAGUGAUUUAAAAUCAGUCGUAGAAGAAAUGUAUAAUAAGAAUAUUAAACAGAGCAAUGAUCAAGAUAAAGUUGAUAAAAAACAGGGCAGACAAAAAACAUUUCCAUGUAAAGAAUGCCCCUUUCAAACCACAUCGAAAGAAGAAUGGCGUAUUCAUUGUCAAAGACAUUCUGAUGGAAAUCGUUCAACAUCAGAGGAUGUUGUAAAAGAAAACCCGAAAGACAAAGAAACGAAAUUCCAGAAAUCGAUUCGCAAAGAGAAAGACAAAAAAAGUGGAAGAAUGUAAUUAAACGAUUUCCGAAAAAAGAAGACUUUUAAGUUUCAGAAAUACUUAAGAUUAAUAUUGAAGGUCCUUUCAAAAUUCGAUUUUAUUGAUUUUACGAGAUAAUAAAUUCAUUUUUGUACUCAUCGGCCUAACUAUUUCAGUCCAAAAUUUAAAUGCCUAUAAUAUUUUAAAUCCUUUUGAAGUUUAAUCUGUAAAAUUUUAAUAAAUUAAAGUACAAAAUAAAAUAAUAAAUU